AUGGUUGAACAUUCAUGUGUCAAAUACAGCAGCUUUUACCAGGAGACACUCGCGAAUUCCCCGGUUCACUGCAGCGCCGGAUGUCGGUUGUCAGACGGCUGUCUUCUUGUCUGGUACAACAGACAGACGCACCAGUGUCGCCUCAGUGACGUCCAGCAGUAUGAUAUGGCUGGGAAUCCAUUGGGUGAACUUCAGAGUUCCCCGGACUGGACCACAUACAUAAACGGGAAGGACGACUGUACACCCUCCUCCUGCUUGAACGGCGGCACUUGCACAGACGCUAUCGGUAGCUUUAAGUGUGCAUGCCCAACCGGCUACAUGGGCCACAGGUGUGACGUGGACAUCGACCACUGUGCGUCCAAUCCUUGCCUGAAUGGUGGUGUUUGUGUGGACGGACUGUUGUCAUACUCGUGUCUAUGUCCUAGCAGUUACAAUGUCGGACCCCGCUGUCAGUGCCCUUCUACAUGGGAGCUGGUGCAGUCAACUUGUUACCGCAUUUACACAAACACCAACAAUGGGUUCGUCGCAUACAGGGAUUACUCAUACGCAGCACAGUUUUGCACUAAUUUUGGUAGCGGUGCUCAUCUGGGAUCAGUAAAGAACGAGUCUGACCUAAACAACCUCGUGGCUUACACUGGAUCCAGUAGUACGUUUCCCGUCUACCUGUCGGGACGAUACAGUAGCAGCAAUGGCGUGUUUGAGUGGCACGACGGAAGUGCGGUUGAUUUUAACUGGGCGCUCGGGCAACCGGGGAUAACGGAUGCUUGUAUGGCCUAUUACAGUGAGACAGACGCUAAAUCCCCGGUUCACUGCAGCGCCGGAUGUCGGUUGUCGGACGGCUGCCUACUUGUCUCGUACAACAGACAGACGCACCAGUGCCGCCUCAGUGACACUCCUCAGUAUGAUCUGACCGGGAAUCAGUUGGCAGAACUGCAGAGUUCCCCGGACUGGACUACGUACGUCAACGUAAAGGACGACUGUACAUCCUCUACCUGCUUGAACGGCGGCACGUGCAUGGACGCCAUCGGCAGCUUUAUCUGCACAUGCCCAACCGGCUACAUGGGCUACAGGUGUGACGUAGAUAUCGACCACUGUGCGUCCAAUCCCUGCUUGAAUGGUGGUGUUUGUGUGGACGGACUGAUGUCAUUCACGUGUCAGUGUCCGAGCAGUUACAAUGUCGGACCCCGCUGUCAGUGUCCUGCUACAUGGGAGCUGGUGCAGUUAACUUGUUUCCGCGUUUACUCAUACUACUCUAAAGGACUUGUUGCGUACUCUGAUUACUUAUCCGCAGCUCAGCAUUGCACUAGUUUUGGUAGUGCUGCUCAUCUGGGAUCAGUAAAGAACGAGUCUGACCUGAACAACCUCAAGGCUUUCACUCAGUCCAGCAGUACGUUUCCCGUCUUUCUGUCGGCACGAUACAGUAGCAGCAAUGGCGUGUUUGAGUGGCACGACGGAAGUGCGUUGGUACAAGCAACAACGUAUAUGGAGCUAUUCAAAAACAUUCCAAGUUUCAAAUACAGCAGCUAUUACCAGGAGGCAGACGCUGAAUCAUCGGUCCAAUGCAGCGCAAGAUGUCGGUUGUCAGACGGCUGUCUUCUUGUCUCGUACAACCGCCAAACACGCAAGUGUCGCCUCAGUGACGUCAAGCAGUAUGAUCUGACUGGGAAUCAAUUGGCCGAACUUCAGAUUUCCCUGGACUGGAACACGUACGUGAAUAUAAAUGAUGACUGUACGCCCUCCUCCUGCUUGAAUGGCGGUACGUGCACGGACGCCAUCGGUAGCUUCAACUGCGCCUGCAACACCAGCUACAAGGGCCCCCGAUGUGACGAGGACAUUGACGAAUGUGACUCAAAUCCCUGCUUGAACGGUGGUAUAUGCACGAACGCAUUCAUCAGCUUCAUCUGCGCCUGCCCAGCCGGCUACAUCGGCCUACGGUGUGACGUGCACAUCGGCUUUUAG